CAAACAGCCAACAAAAAUCACUCAACCCUUGAGAAAAAUUUCUUUGCUUUUUUCCCUUUAUUCUCUCUAGCGGAUCAAACUCUGCAAGAGCUUCAAUCAAAACUGUACCUUCUUCUUCAUCAAACCAAGAGAAACACUUGCAUUCAUUUCCAAGCUGUCACAAGGUUCAAAUUGCAUUUUAAAUCUCUAUUUCACAUCUGAAUCGAUUAUUAUGGAGUUCAAUUAUCAUAUCUCAGACCUUUAAACACGGACAUCCAUAAAAUUGUCGACCUGGAUUUUUUAUCAGUCCAAGCUUGACUUAUACUCGCCGGUAAUCCACAGAAACACAAUCUCUGAAAAGAAUUUUGGCUAUUCCUAGACGAUUCCAAACCCACUUCCAUCUUCAUGUUUUUGUGGCUGAGAAGUGAAGAAAUUGUGAAAGAGAAGAAGAAAAAUAGAUAGGAUAAUGGGUUGGGUCGAUUUUAAUAGUUGGAUUCAGAUUCGAACUUGGACAUGUUAAAGUUUCAAAUAUUCGAUUUGAUUCCAAAGAGUUUCACUAGAUCUAAUUAGCACUGCAGAGAUACAUUUCAAAGAGUUAUGUAGCUGGAGACACAUUUUAAUAUUUCAGAUGGUUUAAGAUGCAUUUGCCAAUAGUUGGUGUAGCUACAAAUCUUUUUCUAAGAAGUAAAGAACCUAGCCUGAAAGCCGAUGGCUAACCAGAUCUAUUAUAGGAAAAUAUUUUCUUGAAUAAAUAGGGUGGAACAGAACGGUCAUUGAGGCCCAUACAGUUCUGGCUUAGUCCAAAUAAUCGAAACGGUUUGGGAAGUAGGAGAGAAGCUAAGAGACGACAUCAAACCAGCCAACGAAAAUCACACAACCCUUGAAUAAAAUCUCUUUUGCUUUUUUCCCUUUAUUCUCUCUGGCCGAUCAAACAAUGUUUCAAUCGCAAGAUGUUUCUCUCAGUAUCAUGUAGGAUUGAUUAGCCUUCUCUUCUGAAUCGUGUAACACGACGAGAAGGGGAACUAGGGUUUUCGACUUUGCUCCUCGUUGGCCCAAACCAGCUAUCUUUAUCUACCAAGAGAUGGGUUGUGAUAGUUACGUAGAUGGCGGAUCCUUGUCCAAAUUCGUGUUUCAAAGAGGGUAAAUUCACCGCGCCAGGGUUUCGAUUUCACCCGACAGACGAGGAGCUUGUCAUGUAUUAUCUCAAGAGGAAGAUGUAUAGAAAGAGGCUUACAGUCAAUGCCAUCGGCUUCGUUGAUGUUUACAAGAUAGAACCUGAUGACUUGCCUGGUCAGUCGGUGUUGAAGACAGGAGAUCGACAGUGGUUCUACUUUACUCCAAGGAGCAGAAAGUAUCCAAACGCAGCUAGGUCGGGUAGAGGCACUGCAACUGGGUAUUGGAAGGCUACAGGGAAGGAUCGAGUCAUUGUCUACAACUCCAGGUCGGUAGGACUCAAAAAGACUCUUGUUUUCUAUAGAGGUAGGGCACCUACCGGUGAGCGUACUGACUGGGUGAUGCAUGAGUACACUAUGAAUGAAGAAGAACUCGACCGAUGUACGAACGCCAAGCUUUACUUGCAGGUUAACAGGGAAGAAAAGAUGCAGAGCACGUUGGUAAAGAAUUCUUCUGGAGAGUUUCUUAAGCCCCAGCAGACGGGAAGGUUCUUGCCAAACGGCGAGCCAUACAUUAGGCCCUCGAGCUCUGGUGUGGAGCCUUUUGUGUUUGAGAUUGAGGAUUACAUUGAAAUGGAUGAUCUUCUGGCCCCUGAACUCGCAGUUGAGAGACCUGCACAGUUCUUGAACCCUGGGGAAUUUGGAGACUUUAAUGAGUUUGACCAAUUGUUCCAUGACGUUUCCAUGUCUUUGGAUAAGGAACCUAUUGCUCAGGGAGCUUCUGUACAUCCGUCUUCUCCCAGUAAAUUUGCCGACAACACAUCCAACGAGAAACAGCAGUUCCAGGACCAGAUCCCUGAGAACAAGGUGAACAACAACAAUCUCGAUGAUUUCACUGACGAUAAGUGGUUUCAAGAUGAUGAUGAUCAGGCUGUUCGCUUUGAUCAACCACAAUCUAUUACUUCCGGAGCAUUCGCGCCUCUACCCUCAUCAGGUGUGAUGCCCGGUUCCACAAAUCUUACUGUAAGUGCCCAAGACCAGGAAGGCGGGAAUGGUGGUGGAACAAGCCCGUUCACAUCGGCUCUGUGGGCAUUCAUGGAUUCAAUACCUUCUACGCCAGCCUCUGCGUGUGAGGGUCCUAUUAACCGGACCUUUGUGCGUAUGUCUAGCUUUAGCCGUAUCAGGUACAGUAAAAAGGCUAAUGGAACGCCACCAGUGACUAGUACCGUAGCAGCAAAGAAGCGUAGCAGAAACAGAGGGUUUCUUCUCUUAUCAAUUGUGGGUGCCUUGUGUGCCAUCUUCUGGGUGUUCAUAGCCACGGUUCGAGCUUCCGGGAGACCAGUCUUGUCGUGAAAGAUGGUUUUGUUGAACCAGAUUUAUCUUAGUUACAUGUAAGUUAGAAAAAACCAUGAUUCAUGUUAGUAAUAAUGGAGUAAUUAUUAAGCAAUUCUAAUACAUGAGUCUUUGAAUAUGCACGUAGUUUGAAAGGGUAAAGAAUGUUAAAUUGCUGAUAAAA